ACCAAACCAAACCCAUAGGGUUUGUACUUGUUGCUGUUCUAUUCUGUUCCUAUCGACUACGGCGACGACGCGGCGGAGGAGAAGACCGACGCGGCGGCGGAGAAACCAUAUUCAAAUCCUAUAGCAUUUCUAUUGGAAACGAAACUCUCUCUCAUUUCGUUGGAGUCAUGGCCUCAAUCUCGACUUGGUUUCGAUACAUGGCUCACAAGCUCGAGUAUUCCCUCACGCUCAGUCUCAAGAGUCAUAGGAGGGAAAAACUGAGUGACAGGGAACUCAUUCAAAUUGUCUUCAAGAAUCUAUUCUAUGGAAAAAUAAGCUUCUUACACUCGGAUAAAGUACCAGAAAUGUCACCAACCAUGACCGCUAAGGAAAACACACUUCUUAUCCGUAAGAUACCAAUUGCUAAUACCAGGUUUGUAUUCAUUGGAGAUGCUGUCGUCUUAAAAGACCCAAAGGAUUCAGAUAAGUAUCUUGUAAGAAGAUUAGCAGCUGUAGAAGGAUUUGAAAUGGUAUCAGGUAAUGAAAAAGAGGAGCCUUUCGUUCUCGAAAAGGAUCAGUGUUGGGUAAUAGCUGAAAACCAGGAUCUAAAAGCUAAGGAAGCAUAUGAUAGUCGAACAUUUGGUCCCGUUUCAACAGCAGACAUUGUUGGAAGAGCUAUAUAUUGUUUGAGGACAGCUGUCGAUCACGGUCCCGUUAGAAACAGUCACACUGCAAUGGGACACGAUUCUCCAAUCCUUGCCGUAGAAUUGGACGUGGAAGAGAUGGCUAAAAACCACAAGGCAUAAAAAGAGAAACACUUUCUUGCAUGUGUUUGUUUUUUUUGUUGGAUGUGUCAAAGCUAAAUUGCGUUCUUUGAUUGGAAAUUUGAGAAAAGAAUAAAUCAUGACAACAAUGAUGAUAAAUCCGAUUUUAUUUUUGAAAACCAGUGUUUGUUUGUAGCCUGAAAUAUAUACAGUAUUUGCAGCAAUAUACCGACACUGUUAACUUA